AGUAUUUGAGUUUCAACUUCAGGAUCUGGCCUUCUAAAGAGCAGUCAGGGUUGAUUUCUUCUAGGACUGACCGGUUUGAACGCCCUGCAGUAAGAUAAAUUUAAAAAAUCACCCAUGUUUGCAUCUCAGUUCUUUUUCUCUAGUUCCACUGCAAACCUCAUUCUAAGACUGGGAGGGAGGGAAGGAGGAAGCAAGGAAAGAGACUCCCAACUAUGAAGGGAAUAUUUUCUGCACUUGGUCCGAUUGAUGAUUACUGAGAGAUGAUUUGGGGUAGCUAGUCAACCAUCAAUUUAACAGGGAUGAUCAGCCAACAACCAUAAUAUAAUUCCUACUAGAGAUUGCAUUGUAGGAAACAAGCAAAGUGAAAAUAAGGUCAGGAGCAACAUCUGAGAAGAGCUUAAGGAAUACACAAAACGGAUGGACUCAGGCAACCACACUGAGUUUAUUCUUGAAGGGUUAGCAGAGACCAGGGAACUGCAAGUCUUGCUCUGUGUCCUCCUCUUGAUCUUCUACCUCAUCAUUCUUCCUGGAAACAUUCUCAUCAUUGUGACUAUUUGGAAAGACCCCCAAUUAGGAGCUCCCAUGUUUUUCUUCUUGGCCAAUCUGGCUUUGAUGGACAUUUGCUACAGCUGUGUCACCCCUCCAAAGUUGAUAGUCAACCUCUACUCUGGAUGCCAAACUAUCUCAUACAAAGGUUGCCUGACACAGAUUUUUUUCAUCCACUUUCUAGGUGGAGCUGAGGUCAGUCUCCUUGUGUCCAUGGCAUUUGAUCGGUUUGUGGCUAUCUAUUUUCCAUUGCAUUAUGUAACUAUAAUCACCAAGCCAGCUUGCUGGGCUUUAGUGGUGACUGCAUGGGCUGGAGGAUUCAUGCAUUCCAUAACCCAGGUCAUUCUCAUCCACCCACUCCCUUUUUGUGGUCCCAAUAAACUGGACAACUACUUCUGUGAUGUCACCCAAAUAAUCAGGUUGGCUUGCACCAACACCUACAGUCUAGAAUUUGUUAUGUUUAUCAACAGUGGCCUUACAACUGCAGGAUGCUUCAUCCUCCUUCUCAUUUCCUAUGGGGCACUGCUGAUCAAAGUGAGGACAAGUGCCAGCCAAGGGAAGAGCAAAGCAUCUUCUACUUGCAUCACUCACAUCAUCAUUGUUUUCAUCAUGUUUGGUCCAGCCAUUUACCUCUACUGUCACCCCUUCUAUGAUUUUCCCUUUGACAAAAUGGUGGGCUUUCUCCACAUUGUGGUUUUCCCUUUGAUGAAUCCUAUGAUUUACACACUGAGGAAUAAGGAAGUCAAGAUUGCCAUGUGGAGACUGUUGAAGAAAUGCAACAUUCAAUAGGAAAAGUAAAAGAAAUUUAUUUUUAUUGUUUAAUUUCCUUGUACUGGACUUCAUAACCAGACAGCAGUCUCUAUUGUGUGACUGUCAACAUCUGAUACAAUGUCUAACGCUGGCAUGUAAUUCUAUUUUUUUAAUAAAUGAAAAUCAAAUCUUUCCUUCUUUAUCUAAUAAUGAAA